UCCGAUUCGAAUUCCCACCGUGCCCGGGCCCCUUCCUUCCUGUUUGUGCUUUUAGAUGGAGACGAAGGGCAGAUCGAGCGGAAAAAAAGAGCAGCCCUCGAUACCUGGACUUGAUCCGGUCAGGUACCGUAGUACGUGGUGGUGAGGAAUCAUGGGGAUGCUAGCGCUGAAGCGUCUCAUGAGUAGCCGGCAGCGGAAAAGGCGGCGCCGUCGCAGACUCCAAACCCGUGAUGGAUCGUUUACUUCUAUUUCCAAAAGCGGCGACUCGCUCCUCUGCCGAGAAGAUGAUAAUUCUCUUCUUUGUGGUAAACGAUUGAGAGAUUCAGAGCUAGACCUCCCAGAGGACAUCUGGUGCAAUAUACUUUCGCUGAUGCCAAUAGAAGAUUCUGCUCGUUCAGCUUGUGUAUCUCAUGCUUUCGAACGUUCAUGGAGAUGCCAUCCGAACCUCAUCUUCACUGAAGACACACUAAGCAUGAUACGAAAUGCAUGUCGAAAGGGUGAUAGAGCAAGUGCUUUCGCUAGCAAAGUUGACCAGAUUAUAAAAAACCACUCUGGCAGCGUGAAGAUACUCGAGCUUGACAUGUUUCGUUGUAACGAUCUCAAUAUUUGUCAUCUCAACAGUUGGCUUAAGAUUGCUAUUACACCAGUGAUCGAAAAACUCACCCUUUGUCUGCCUGUAAAAUACAAAGAAGGAGGGUACACCUUCCCAUGCUCGCUUUUAUCUGGUCAGAGUGGAGGCUCACUUCAGUAUCUUUGGCUCAAGCACUGUGUCUUCCGUCCGACAGUUGGCCUUAGUUUCUUGAGGAACUUAACAACGCUGUAUCUGGGUCGUGUGUGUAUUACAGAGGGAGAGUUAGGGUGCCUUCUUUCUCAUUCUCUUGCUUUGCAGCAGUUGGAAUUGUGGUAUUGUAGUGAAAUAAUCUGCCUGAGGAUACCACUUGUGCUGGAGCGAUUGAAAUGCCUGAGUGUAACUUCAUGCGGUGUGCUGCAAAUGGUUGAGAGCGAAGCUCCAAACCUCUCCAGCUUCAUGUUCUAUGGCAGCCCAGUACAGCUGUCACUCGGACAAUCCUUGCAAGUGAAAAAGUUAAAUAUGGAAUGUGUAGAUGGCUCUGACUUUCUCCACUACGCUAUUACCAAGCUUCCAUAUGUUGUGCCAAAUGUUGAAGAUCUUGUAUUAUCUUCGUAUGGCGAGAGGUUGAAUACACCAAUGACAGCUGCCAAAUUCCUCCACCUCAAGCACUUGGUAAUUUAUUUUGACGGAGAUUCUUCCCCAGGAUAUGAUUAUUUCUCUUUGGUUUCUUUUCUUGAUGCUUCUCCUGCUUUGGAGACCUUCAUCUUGGGUGUACAGCAGGAUGAUAUGAAUUUUGACUCGAUCUCAGUGGAUGCCUUACAUAUGAGGCAAAGGCCUGACCACAAGCACAAGAGCCUAAAGAAAGUGACUAUCCUUGGCUUCUGCUCUGCAAAGAGCAUGGUUGAGCUAGUAUGUCAUAUUCUAGAGAAUGCAACAUCACUGGAGUGUAUCAUCUUGGACACCAUAUUUGAUGCGGAAGACAACUACAUACUCGGUAGAUGUUCUGUAACUUCUGACCGCAACCCGGGUGACUGCUUCCCAACGACAAGUCAGGUGAUGUUCGAAGCUGAUAGAGGUCUCAUGGCCAUUGAAAGAUACAUCGUGGGGAAAGUUCCAUCUACUGUCAAGUUAGAUGUACGGGGACCCUGUAGCCGGUGCCAUAUUUGAGAGCUGAUGUAAAGUUUAAUUUUAAUUGUCAAAUACUCUCUGCGAUCAAUAAAAUUGAUAGGGCAUUUUAGUCUUUUUGUAGGUCAAACCUUUUUUAUUUGACUAACUUACAGUAGAAAAAAUGCCAACAUAUUCAAUGCCUAAUUAUAACAC